GCUCAGAGUUUUGGCGUUCAGUCCGCUGGCGAACGUUGUCUUGAGCGCAGUUUGCCGUUGUCGUGUUAGUCGCAUUAGUCAACGUCUCAACGUGCGCGUGUGCGUGUGUGUGUUUGUGUUUGUGCCUGAGCUGUGCGUGUGUCGGUUACUGUGCCUGUGUUACUUGGCUGGUCCGUUCCCGUUUGUAAAUUAUUAUACACGUUGAUUUUGUUUUUUUGAGUUCUUUUUUUUCUGUGCCGCAGCAGCACAAACUGGUUGCUGCCAUAAGAAGCAGAAGCUAGCUGCGAACGUAAGAGCUAGCAUCAGCAGCAAUAACAACAACAACAAUCGCAGUAGUAGCAAUAACAAUAGAAGAACCGUAUUUUUUGUAAGUCGUUCGGAAAAACGUCGCAAAAAAAAAGAUUCGUCUAGCGGCAGCAAAAAGGAGCACAAAAACAGUAACAGUAACAGCAGCCGCAGCAGCAGCAACAACAACAACCAAGAGUAGCAAGCGCUUUAACAGUAGCUGUCGCCAGUAUCUCUACACCGAGCUAAUUGAAAAAAGAUGCCCUGCUCAGCCGUGACGCUAUCGAUAGCGACAAUCUGUGCGAUUAUCGCCACAGCGCUGCUCGCGAUCGCCUUCUCCACAGACAAUUGGCUGCACUAUGACGUCAGACGCAAUCAGAUACAGGCCUUUGCCGCCAAGCAUUCGGAUGCGGAGUCGCUGCUGCAUAACUUGAAUGUGAAAUAUUAUUAUUAUACGAGAACUCGCGGCCUGUUCAGAAUAUGUUAUCCCAAGGAGCGUCCGCCGGUAACGGCAGUGCCUACUUAUCUGUCCCCCAUUGAGACGCACUGCUCGAACAUAGAUUACUUCCCGCAAGUGGAGGAUGAUAAGAUAUCCAAUGAGGAUGCCACGUCCCGGUUGCAUUUGGCCCGCUCCUGCAUUGCGCUCUUCAUCAUUAGCUUUGUGACCAUCUUCUGUGCCUUCUGGACGGGCCUAUCCGGCUGCUGGAAGCGUUCGUCGGGCGCCAUAACCGCCACAUCGAUCCUGUUGCUGGUCACCUGUUUGCUGGCCGCUGGCGCCAUGGGUAUUUGGCACACGGUCGAGUUCUUUGAGAAGGAGAAAGUCGUUGGAGAGGAUUACUACCAGCAGUGGAAUACGGUGCUGCGCGAUAACACGAAGAUUGUCUACGAUUGGUCCUACAUUGUGGCCUGGACAGGCAUUGCCACCUGUCUGCUGGCUGCCAUCCUGCUAUCGGGCGCUGCCAUAUGUCUGCGCAACGAGCGCGAGAAGGAGGAGCAGCUCAAUCUGCAGUACCUGAUGCCAGUUUACUCGCAGAAGCAGCCACCCUAUCCGCCCUACGCAAACUACGCCCAGCCGCAGAUCUAUCCGGGUCCCUACUAUCAUGGCUCCCAAUACGGACCCUAUAAUUAUUAACUUGGCUAACGAAAUGCACAACGAAUAUGCGAAUGAAAGCAGUAAACAAAACAAGCAAACAACAACCAACAACAAAUUACAAAAUGCAAACAACAAAAGCUUAAAAACUUAAAUCAAACAUUUGAAACGUUUUGGGAAGAGAAAGAGACAGAGCUAUAGAAAUUUUACUUCGAAUUUGUCAGUCUCCAUUGUCUCCAUAUGCGCAUAUAUGUACAUAUAUAUGUAUGUGUGUAAUGCACUUCGAAUAAACAUAUUUACAAUCUUUUUUUUUUUUAAUAAUAUUUACAUAAAUCUAGUGUGUAGCUUCUAUCUAUUUUGUAUAGAAWUCGUGGGUCUUCAGUCAAUAUGCGUCGAAAGUAUUUGGUGCGUAAAUUUCGCAAAGAAUGAAAACAGAGCAAAAAUUAAGUGAAA